AUGCCGGUUCCCAGCAGGCACAUCAAUAUUGGUCGUUCUCAAAGCUGGGAUGCUGCCGGCUGGUACGAGGGCCCUUGGGAGAAUGCUGGGCCUCCAGGGAGGAGAAGUUCUCUGACCUAUGGCCCUGGAGAAGGGACCUGGUGUGAGCUGCUAAACCAUCGUGCCCAGGACACUGAGUCCUACCUGUCCCGGGAAGCUUUUUAUAACUCACUGGCGUCAAGAAAGGGCUCUGUGCCUGACUUCACCUUCUACGACAGCCGGCAGGCAGUGAUGUCUGGCCGAGGCUCCGUGCUGCCACAAGACUACUAUGGCGACCCACCCAGGGGCACCAGGGCACCCAAGGAGCCUCCCUUCUAUCGAGACCCAGGAAGCAGCCGGCCGGUGCCCAGCUACGGAGUGCUUGGCAGCAGAGUGCCAUGGGAGCAGGUACAAGGCCAGUUCCCUGCUCUUCAGGAUGCUGGCCACCUGUACCGGGAAUCUGGGGGUAAACCUGUCCCGCAUGGGCAGCGGACGCACGGCAGGCCUCCAUCUCCUGGGAGGUAUGGAAGGGAACAGCCUGAUGCUAGAUUAGGGAUAGAGGUACCUGCCUAUUCCCCCAACUCCAGUCAGGUCUACAACGAUAUCUGCGAAAGACCUGUUGACUCUGCCCCUGCCAGACAGAUGGCCCCAACAUGCCUGGUUGUGGACCCCAACUCCGCUGCCCCUACUGAGAACAGCACAGGGGUGGCCCCAGGUUCCCUGAAUAGAGGCUAUGGGCCUACCCGAGAAAGCAUCCAUUCAAAGCUGGCUUAUGAGAAUUAUGAAGCUGACUUGUCUACAUUCCAAGGACCUGGGAGCAAGAGGACUGUAUACCCUGAGUUUUUGGCCCUGCUGAGGGCAGAGGGUGUGGCAGAGGCCACCCUGGCAGCCCUGUUACAGCAAGGCUUUGACUCCCCAGCUGUCUUGGCUACCCUGGAGGAUGCUGACAUCAAGUCUGUUGCGCCCAACCUGGGCCAGGCCCGGGUCCUGAGCCGCCUAGCCAGCAGCUGCAGGACAGAGAUGCAGUUUCGGAGACAGGACCGGACAGGCCCUGCCCCCCGCAAUCGGUCCAGUAGCUUCAGCCACCGAAGUGAGCUGCUACCCAAUGACAUGGCUUCAUUGGGUACCACAGCCCUGCAGUCUCACCCUGCUGGACCUUUGCAGACACCCUCUCCCCGAGCUGGAGAUCUAGGUCGACGCCCCUCCAGUGCUCCUUCCCAGCACCUCCUGGAGACAGCAGCUACUUACGCCGCCCCAGUGGUGGGGUCCCAAAGCCCCCACUUACCCUCCAACUCUGGAUACAGCUCUCCUACCCCCUGUGCCCUAACAGCACGGCUGGCCUCCUCAUAUCCUUCACAAGCUGGGGUAGCCUUGACUGCUAACCCAGGCCCCUCUGCCCCCCUUCACUCAAGUCCCAGAACAGCCUACUCUACCUCGUUCACGGUGCCCAUGGAACUGCUCAAGAGGGAGCGCAGCAUGGCCGCCUCUCCGCUGCCCAGCCCCCACAGCAGCCCCCAGCUCUUGCGGAAACCCGGAGCAGCCCCCGUGGAGCCGUCCACCCUGCCACCAGUCAGCCAAAGUCUCCACACACCUCAUUCACCAUACCAGAAGGUGGCCCGGCGGACAGGGGCUCCUAUCAUCGUGUCAACUAUGCUAACUCCAGAACCAAGUAUCCGCCCCCAGAUCAUGAACGGCCCACUGCACCCCCGCCCUCUAGUGGCGCUGCUGGAUGGCAGAGACUGCACGGUGGAAAUGCCCAUCCUGAAGGACCUGGCCACGGUGGCCUUCUGCGAUGCACAGUCCACUCAGGAAAUCCACGAGAAGGUGUUGAAUGAGGCUGUGGGUGCCAUGAUGUACCACACCAUCACCCUCACCAGGGAAGACCUAGAGAAGUUCAAGGCCCUAAGAGUGAUUGUGCGAAUCGGUAGUGGCUACGACAACGUGGACAUCAAGGCUGCUGGCGAGCUCGGGAUCGCUGUGUGCAACAUCCCAUCUGCUGCAGUGGAAGAGACAGCAGAUUCGACAGUCUGCCACAUCCUCAAUCUGUAUCGGCGGAACACAUGGCUCUACCAGGCCCUUCGGGAAGGCACACGAGUACAGAGUGUGGAACAGAUCCGUGAGGUCGCCUCAGGAGCUGCUCGGAUCCGAGGGGAAACAUUGGGCCUCAUUGGCUUUGGUCGCACGGGGCAGGCAGUUGCAGUUCGAGCCAAGGCCUUUGGAUUCAGCGUCAUAUUUUAUGACCCCUACUUACAGGAUGGGAUAGAGCGGUCUCUGGGCGUGCAAAGGGUCUACACCCUGCAGGACUUGCUGUAUCAGAGCGACUGUGUCUCCUUGCACUGCAAUCUGAACGAGCACAACCACCACCUCAUCAAUGACUUCACUAUCAAGCAGAUGAGGCAAGGAGCAUUCCUUGUGAAUGCAGCCCGAGGUGGCCUAGUGGAUGAGAAAGCCUUAGCUCAGGCCCUCAAAGAGGGCAGGAUACGAGGAGCUGCUCUGGAUGUGCACGAGUCUGAGCCCUUCAGCUUCGCUCAAGGCCCAUUGAAGGAUGCUCCAAAUCUCAUCUGCACACCACACACAGCCUGGUACAGUGAACAAGCAUCACUAGAGAUGAGGGAAGCAGCUGCCACUGAGAUCCGCCGAGCAAUCACAGGUCGCAUCCCAGAAAGCUUACGAAACUGUGUCAACAAAGAAUUCUUCGUGACUUCAGCUCCUUGGUCAGUCAUUGACCAGCAAGCAAUUCAUCCAGAGCUCAAUGGUGCCACAUACAGGUACCCACCAGGCAUUGUAGGUGUGGCUGCGGGAGGGCUUCCUCCAGCUAUGGAAGGGAUCAUCCCCGGAGGCAUCCCUGUGACUCACAACCUCCCCACAGUGGCACAUCCAUCCCAAGCUCCCUCCCCCAACCAGCCCACAAAACACGGGGACAAUCGAGAGCACCCCAACGAGCAAUAGCAGAGAAUGCCUGAAGGUAAUCAUUCAGAUAAACUUGGGACCAAGAGACAAUAGAAAACGGAUGAAUUUGAUGGUCUUUUAAACUGAUCCUGGACAUCACUGAUACUGCAGUGUUAAAGCUACAAAAGCUAGAAAACUGAAGAUGGUAUCCGCUUCCAGAGGUGUGGAAAGACUAGGACGUGAUUAUUAACGACCAACUUCUGUUAUUGUGUGUUAAGUUUUUCAUCUGUGCAUCAAAUCACAAAGAAUAAAUAGAGCUUUUCCUUUAUCAA